AUGGGAAAAGUCCACGGCUCGCUCGCCCGCGCAGGCAAAGUCAAAUCUCAAACUCCCAAAGUGGAGAAACAGGAGAAGAAGAAGACUCCUAAAGGUCGUGCCAAGAAGAGAUUGUUGUACACUCGUCGUUUCGUGAAUGUUACGACGCUUCCAGGCGGAAAGAGGCGCAUGAACCCCAACCCCGAGAAGUAA